CCUCCUUUCCCGCAGCCUCUUGCUGGUUCAUUCUGCUUGCCAUGUCUGUUCAUGACACCCUGCCUGUUCACUUGUCAGCUGCCAGGCGGCGACGUGCUGGGUCAUAAUGGACACACAGAGGCCAACCAAGUUGGAGUUUGCAGUGCAGAUGACAUGUGAGCGAUGCGCAAAUAAAGUCAGAGCUGCGUUGGAGGGUAAACCAGGAGUGAAGUCUGUCAGUAUUGAUGUCGGUAAAGAGCAGGUGUUGGUGGAAUCUGCUCUGACCAGUGCAGAGGUGCAGACUCUGAUAGAAAGCACUGGACGCAGGGCUGUGCUGAAAGGCUUCGGAGGGUCGGAGCAAGACCUGGUUUCAGCAGUGGCCAUGCUGUCUGGUCCGGGAACAGUCCAGGGGGUGGUGCGUUUCCUGCAGCUGGCUGAGGAGCGCUGCCUGAUCGAUGGCACCAUUGAUGGGCUGGAGCCUGGACCCCACGGCCUCCAUGUCCACACCUUAGGGGACCUCACGCUAGGCUGCCUCAGUUGUGGAGAGCACUUUAACCCCUUUGGAAGACAACAUGGCGGUCCAGGGGACUCUGAAAGGCAUGUAGGUGAUCUGGGAAAUAUUGUUGCUGGACCAGAUGGCAGAGCCUCAUUUAGACUAGAAGACAGCCAACUAAAGGUUUGGGACGUGAUUGGCCGAUCGCUGGUAGUGGAUACGGAGGAGGACGACCUGGGUCGAGGGGGUCACAUUCUUUCCAAACAAACUGGAAACUCAGGGGAAAGGCUGGCCUGUGGGAUCAUUGCAAGGUCUGCAAGCCUUUUCCAGAAUCCCAAACAGAUUUGUACCUGCGACGGGGUCACACUCUGGGAGGAGAGAGACAGGCCGAUAGCCGGGAAAGGCCGAAGCAAGGCUGACACGGACACGCCAUCAGCACACCUCUGAACCUGGGACACAGCAGUCAGAGAAACAAGAGCAUCAGACAGAAAAUGGGAGGACAUUUGUUGACACGGGGUCAGAGGGGGAGUGCUGAAGAGUACAUUUCCAGACAAAACAAAUAAUUGCCUAAUUUUCUAUGCGAUAAAAUCAAAUGUCCUUGCAGCUGCAGUGUGUCUGUGAGGGUUUUAAAUGCACUAAAAUAGAUUAAAACAGGCAAG